UAUUAAAUGUAUGCAGGCGGAUUCUUUUGUUUGAUGACAUUCACUGGGAUGGGUUCACAAUGAACAUACAUAAAUAGGAACGUGAUCGUCUUCUCCCAGCAUCUGUGUGACACAAUGGCCGUGUGGACCAGUGCUGUGUUGUGGAUGGCCAGUCUCAGUCUUGCAGCAGUAUCUGCUGCAGGUGUGGGACAGAAUGUCGCCCGGGGCAAACCAGCGUGGAUGAGUACCGGAAGAGGUGCUACAAGGGUUGCUAGUAAUGCUGUAGAUGGAGUGACUACUGCAACAGAAGCGGCUUACGCAGUCCACACCCAAUUGUACCAUUCCUUCGCCUGGUGGAAGGUGGAUCUGCAGAUACAAGUACAGUCAGCCGUGGUUAACAUCUACUUCAGAACUGACUACGUUUUGUGUUCAGAUAAGGACCGACGUAAUGGCCUUAAUCUCUUCACCUCUGGGACAAAUUCAUCUGACCCCACAGAAGGACAUCUAUGUCACUCAGUUAGUGGACGUCCUGACGGUACAGACAUCUCUGAUGUCCUGAAUGUCACCUGUCCCUCUACCUGGCGCUACCUGACUGCCUACACAGAGACUGAUAAUGAUGGUUAUGGUCCUGUGUUGGACUUCGUUGAAGUACAGGUGUGGUCGUGUGCGUCUGGUCGUUAUGGAGCCAGCUGUAGCAUGGAGUGCAACUCUCGUCACUGUCACAACACAGGGGACUCCUGUAAUUCUGACACAGGAGCGUGUUCAAAUGAAGGCUGCCAACCAGGAUGGGCAGGACCAGACUGCACAGCAUGUGCACCUGGGUACUAUGGAGCCAACUGUGACUAUUCCUGUGCUGCUCGUCACUGCAAGGUGGACUCCGUCUGUGACGCGAUACAUGGCGUGUGUGUCGGUGGAUGUGCGGCUGGAUAUCGAGGAACAGACUGCAGGCAAGCGUGUGCGUCUGGUCGUUAUGGAGACAGCUGUAUCAAGUACUGCAACUCCCGUCACUGUCACAACACAGGGGACUCCUGUCCUCCUGACACAGGGGAGUGUUCUAAUGCAGGCUGCCAACCAGGAUGGGCAGGACCAGACUGUACAGGUAUAUACAGGAUUGUACGUUGAUGUGCAAUGUCAAUU